CAGGGCCGGCGGCUUGCGCAAGCGCAGCCUAGCGGCGACGCGGUGAAGAUGGCGGCCUCCAGCUGGGUCCGCGCGGCCGUGUUCCUACUCUGCGCCUCUGAUCUGCUGCUGCUGCUAUCGCCUGGGGCCGGUGCGGACGAGGGCACGGCCGGUAAGCCCGGCGAGGCUGCUUCCCCUCCCCCGAAGAAGAAGAAGAAGGACAUUCGCGAUUACAAUGAUGCGGACAUGGCGCGUCUUCUGGAGCAGUGGGAGAAAGAUGACGACAUAGAAGAAGGAGACCUUCCAGAGCACAAAAGGCCCUCUGCACCUGUCGACUUCUCAAAGAUAGACCCCAGCAAGCCAGAGAGCAUAUUGCAAUUGACGAAGAAAGGGAAGACGCUCAUGAUGUUCGCCACCGUGUCAGGAAACCCCACGGAGAAGGAGACGGAAGAAAUCACCAGCCUCUGGCAGGGCAGCCUUUUCAAUGCCAACUACGACGUGCAGAGGUUCAUUGUGGGCUCCGACCGCGCCAUCUUCAUGCUGCGUGACGGGAGCUACGCCUGGGAGAUCAAGGACUUUUUGGUCAGUCAAGACAGGUGUGCUGAUGUCACUCUGGAGGGACAGGUGUACCCUGGCAAAGGAGGAGGCGGCAAAGAGAAGAACAAAACAAAGCAAGAGAAGGGCAAGAAGGAGGGAAAACCGAAACCCCGGGCUUCGAAGGAAGACAAUCGAGCCGGGAACAAACGAGAGGACCUGUAAUGGGGCAGCUGCGGCCGCUGCAGGAGCAUGCGGGACAGAGCACAGCCAAGGCUCUUGGGGGUGGGGCAAGUGUGGGGCACUGCACACCAGACAGAACUCUGCCUCCUUGUACAGAGGGUCUGCCGCAUGGCCGGUUCGUGGUCAGAGUAAGAAUCACUGUUGAAAAGGCUGAAGUAAGGAGAUAGGUUUCUUGUUAACGCUGGACACUGCCAAGUUCAGGCUUACUAUAAAACCUCUUUACGUGGAGACCCGACUGUUGCUUUUUCUCAUUUAAAUUUUGGGGAGCUGCUGACUGCUCUGUCAACCCCCCCCAGUGCACCUUCUCUGUUGUGUGUCCUGUGGGGGUCCACAUGCUUCACGUCCUGUUAACACUGGAAGGUACCAACUUCUUAUCAAGACAGAUGUUAAGCCUUCAUUUAAGUGAAUUGAGCUUCUCAUGCCACAAAAAAUCAUUUUCAUUGCUAUUGAAAACGUGCCCUGAGCGCCCCGCCCAGAGCUCAGGUACUUAAAUGUGCGACCUGGGCACCAGCAGGCAUGAGUCCCGCACCUGCAGAGAGUGCAGAGGACAGCAGUCAUGUCACUCGGAGCUCCCGAGGGUUUCCUUUGAAUGUCUUGCAUUCAGGCCGGUGUCAUGUCAGGUGGCCAGUGAGAUUCAGGGUCCUGUUCUGUGUCCUUAUUUAGGAAACUGAUGCUCGUGUUGGGGUUUGCGUGUUUCAUCGGAGGUGGCCGUUUUACAGGACAGGAAUUGGGGGCUGGCAGAGUCCUCUGCAGAGUGUGGCAGGACACCUGGUAACCUCAUUCAUCUGUAAAUGUGUUUCUUUGAUAAAGUGCCUAAAUUUGUGGUGCUUCCGUAUGGUACUCACAUGAUGCCCUGCCUGCUAAUGUCUGAUGUCACCGUUCGCAUCGGAGCCUACUCUGGGUAAGAGUUACAGAAUUUCUAUACAGAUGUCAUUUUUAAGAAGUAAAAUUGUUUGUAAACACC